AUGGCUCAUAUUCACUCCCCCUUUUGUGGCUGCUCUUGGGUCACAAAAUACAUUCAGAAAGAACAAGAUCGAGUUACUCCUCAGCCAAACCAUAUCACAGCUUGGCUCAACAAGCUCGGCGACACUCCUACCCUUCCCGAUACCGCUGCACCACCUUUCGGCAGUCAAGUCAAGAAGAUGAACUCAGAGGGCUGCAACUCGGCUUUUAGCCAACACUCCGCCGUCUUCGGACAUGCUCAACUCGCCAUCUCCUACAACACUUCCGUCGACGUACCCAUGGUCGACUCUCACACCUUCAGCUUUUUCUCGUCGGGGGUGCAGGUCAAUUUUCCCAUGACCACCCCAGAAUCCGACUCCGACAUGUUCUCUUCUCUUUCGGUGGUGGGAUCAGUCCGCCCGACGUCCCAGCGAAACUCCAGGCACACCUCGCGUCCUCAUGAGGUCCUUGGUGUGGGCCGAGGCCGCAGAGCGAAUUGUAGUUUUGUUGUGGACCACGAGAAGAAGAAGGCACUUCGACGAUUGGUCAGAGAGGAGGAGAUCCCCAAACCUCCCCCCGCAAAGCCUACUGCGCAUCAUCACAGCGCUUGCGGGUGUUCUCCUAGGUCUGUCAUCAAGAAGAAUCGUGAGGUCUUUCGUCUAGAGGGUAUUCUCCUAAAUAUAAAUUCGUGGGGAGAUCUCAAGUCCCCGUCCGACAAGGCCUACGACUUUGACCGUCCGGUGCUUCCCUCUCGAAAGCCCAAGCAUCGGACAAGGAUACCCGUCAAGUCGUGUCUCAAGAAGGUUGCUCCCAUCAACUUCUGUGACGACCUGGAUUCUGGAGAGAGCGACAGUGAUUGCUCGUCGUCUGAUGACGACAGUGACACUGACAGCAUUUGUCACUCGUUUGACGGGGACAAUUCCUCCAGAACUGGGAGGAUGCCAAGGUUUGCCAAGGAGAAGAAGAUCAAGUCUGUCCACUUUGGCAAGGCACACUGCCUCCGGACAGGUCAGAGCAUGCCCCCGACUCCCAGGACGCCCGAGAAUGAUUCGCGGGCGGAACGGUACAAGGCCAGGCAAAUGAUCGAGAACAAGUACCACAAGAUGUUGGCCCACAAGGACAAUGAGGCUGCCAGCACCGAGCAGCCCCCAUCUAUAGCCUUUGUCCGGCAAGAUGAGGAAGUUGAACAGCGUCUCGCGAGGGCCGAAGACAUCUCUCGCGCCAACGAACGAGCCGCAAUCGGUCGUGGUGCGCUCGACUUUUUGAUCUUUGUGUGUCGCAACAAGAACUCCAUCGGCAACCAGAUCAGUGAACACCUGGUUGACCGGCUUGUCAAGCACCGUGGCAAUCUCCCCAUUGUGGGUAGUUACCACGGCGAGGAGAGGGAGUACGCGAAUCCGGGGACGUCAAAUGUCUCCCCUGUGCCGGCGCACUUGUACCGCGACUGUCGAAGUUCCAUGUCGUGGGUUGGGACGGACGAGGCGGACGAGAUGGACACGAGUAUAUGA